UCGGUGCAUCCCAACCUAAAACCUACCACCUUGGGUAUACCCCUCGGUGGGCAGCCGGAUAAAACCCGACACCCCCGACUAGAACAUACCCUUUGCUGCGCCGCAGGAUGUGGGUUGCUUCAACGCUCUUUGGGUCGAUGCUGGGGGAUAGUUUGUACUCCUGGAUGUAGUCGAUGAAGGCCACCCUCCAGUCGACCUCGAUCAUCAAGACCUCUCGGUCGGGUUCCUUGGGACCCUGAGCGAUGGAACUUGGGUCUGGUGCCCUGAUUGAAGGGUCAUGCAACUCAUGAACGAACGCAUCCUACGUCUAGAAGCUCACUGGCUGCACAACGCGGGCUUCGUCACCCUAUGCGAGGGUUUCCUUGGGAUAGAUCCGCACGCGAAUCUAUUCCGGGCCUUCUUCUAGGAGCAAGCCCUGUUGGUGAAGGGGGAUUCCGGAGCUCCCGCCGGUCGGGGCCUUUGGCCUACAAAAGAGGGCUCGCCGGUCGGGAGACUACCCGGCGUACACCCCUGUGGACUCGAACCGGGGGUAGCAUAAAGAAUGGUUCUACAUCAGGAACCCGGCAGGGAACCCAUUCCCGUUGUUCAUGAGGGUGCGCCCCAUGAGGAAGGACAACUGGACAUGGGGGCGCCCUGCCGCGGAGAAGGAGUGCGUGGAAAUUAUCGAGAAGACACUAUGGAAGCGCAUCACGGAGGAUGGCCUCAACGGGGUGCGGCUUUUCGGCACCAUGUUCUCCCAUCGAGUUGUCCCAUUGGCCGUUAGGUUGACCAAGAUGUGGGAAUACACUGGCCUCACAGAUCCCGAUAGGGUAUCAAUGACGGCGGUGCCCGACGAUAAGGUGUGGUCAUGGCUUGAUAUGGUCCUCAAGGUGGGGAACCAGUGGGUCAUCAAGGGUCUGCCGGCCUUCAGCGAGGAGCACCCGCCGAAUUUGGGGCUUGGUCGUCCCCAAUCCCGCCCCCACCUCCCAAAGGGGGCUUGCUCUGGCUGAAUGAGUACUUUGACGUUAUUCAGAUCAAUGGUGUGAACUGGAAAUGGUGUUUUAUCAAUCUGCAUCUCAGGCAAGACCAAUCGUCCUUCAUUAAUGGCCGAUUGUACCUGUCGACGGAAAACAUUACAAUCAUUAGUUGCAUGAGAUGAAAAACUAUGCCACUUGUAGUAUGCACGCCGCUUCAACUCCUCAAGCGGCGGUAUGGCAUGAGAUAACUUGAUGUUUCCAUUUUUAAGCAACUCAUCAAAUAUACGAUUGCAUUUAGAAACAUCAAAGGUAAAUCGCACUUCCUCUUGCCGAUUCUUUUGAGUCGGCUUGAGUGAUGAGCAUGAAUAUGAUUUGGCCUUAGAUGGCCAAACAAACUCGGCGGCGUAAACUUCUUUCUCCUUAUCGUCUGAAGAGUUGGAUUCGCAAUCAACAACAUGUGUGUUGGACCGAUGAGUUUUAUAAGUAUCUUUUGAAUUUUUAAAUUUAUAUUGCAAACUCAAGGCUCUAACUUGCACUUGAUUAAUCCAAAGAAAAUCAAAGCCCUCAAGUUUCUCUUUAUAAUGCGAACGCAAACCACCAAAAGCCAAAUCCACCAAAUCCUCUUCAGAAAUUGAUAAACUAAAACAACGGUUUUUUAUAUCUUUGAAUUUCUUAAAAUAAUUAGUCACAGAUUCAUCUCUACCUUGCUUAACCGAUGUUAAGUCAGUCAAUUUCGCUUCAUUAUCCCACUAUAAAAAUGAUCAUGAAACUUAUGUUCCAAUUGAUUUAUAGACUGAAUAGAAUGGGGCCAAUGAAGAAAAUCAAGAAAAAGCAGUUGCAGUCAAUGAUAAAGAAAAUAAUCGAACAUAUCACUUAAACUCGCUUUUCCAAGUUGAGCAAUGUAUUGGCUAGCAUGUUCCCAAGUAGUUCUAUUAUCAUCACCGUAAAUAUACGCCAACGACAGCACAAAAGAUUCGAUGGAGCUUUACUGAGUCGUCGCGUCGAUCACGUGAGCUAGCUCUACUGAGAGUUAGCCGGCCGGCCAGCCGGUGUGGCCAUUACGUUCGUGGUUCGUCGUCAGUGAUGAUGGAUAUCAGGAUAUACUUCACAUGCGUGGAGUCCUGAAUUCCUCAUCACGAGUCUAUAUGUCUCGCUGCCGCCUCAACAUACUGGAAUGCAUGAUAUAUGCUGUUGUAUGCAUGUGCACACGCAACGCAACGCAACAACCCGGCAGCAGCUCGACGACUCUUGGUCAUGGUAUGUUUCCACGUCACUAAAAUUCGUCUUCCGUUAGUAGAUUUUCUUUUGAAGAAAAUUAUAUGCUCACACGAACAUUCAAAUCUUUUUUCUACACGGAAUAUGUCAGAUCCGAGCUUACAGGAUUGCGCAGAUAAAGGGUGGGACCUGACCCACGCUCUACACCAGUUGUAACUGCUAGCGUAGGAAAGUAACUUAUACAGUAGUAAAACUAGUGGAAACGUAAAGAAAAUACCUUAAUACUAUUCGGGUUGGACUCUGAGCUCAUAUUUGAUUAAGACUUCCAUAUAAUCCUAUUCCCCAGACUAUAUAAGGGUGGGCAGAGGCCUCCUCCAAACAACAGACACAACGUCAACACCUAAGGCAAUACAAACCUAUGCUCUCGGCGGUCCGAACCUGUCUAAACUUUUUAUUGCUUGUACCUUCGAGUUUCUGAUCUCGACGAUACCCUACCUACAAACUCACAAUCUUGGGGAUAUCCUUCGGUGAGCGUGGCGGUAAAAUACCGACGGAAUAUAUUGUGACAUGUGAAUGAUUGAUUUGUGAUUGUAAUUGAUUUUGUGAUUGCAAUUUUGGAGAAAUAUUUGGAUUUGGAGAAGUUGGUCCGCGUACAGGAGCUGGCAAACUGAUUUUUUUUAUUUCUGAAAAAUUACAUUAGUCCCAGUUGAAUAGCGGCCCGGAUAAAAAGAUGAGGCACAUUAGUCCUACAUUGCUGGUUCCAGUUGGGAAACCAGGAGUUCUGUAGUAAUGCAAGAAAUCUUAGCGUCCGUGGAAGACCUUGCCUUUUACCUUCCGCUGCCGACGUCUGCUUCUUCCACGAUGGCUGACAAAAGGCUCAUCGUAAAGAAGACGGCGAAGGACCUCUCACGGACCUGAAGCUCCGAAUCCAGAUCGGUCCAAAAGCUGCAGAGCUGCACCAUGAGAGGGAUGUGGAGCAGUCCUAAGGCAAUCCUUGGGCAUGUCGAUGACUUCGUGCCGUGUAAAAUCCCUUAAGAAGCCUGACUCAUCGACCAUC